AUGAAGACUUUAACGAGUUUCUUAGUUAUUUUGCUUGCUGGUCUCUACCACGCCGCUCCCAGUUUUAACCCAAAUGAUGAUAGAUUAAUUGUUACUAAGGAUUUCUAUAUAAAAGAUUUUAUCAAGUACAAAGGAAAGCAUGACAUUGUCAAAUUACUUUUACCCUUAAAUUCACUCAAUUUCGAGGAAGAUGACUCGUCCUCAUCAUCAUCCUCAAGUGAAGAAACGGAUUUCUAUGUAUUCUUUGUAGAAGCUGAUGUGAACAAUAAUGGUGAUCUUAAUUAUAAAGGCUUAUACUCACUUUACCAAGGAAAAGCAAAGAAAUUGCUAGAUAAUGGCAGAGAUAUGGCUGCUUCUGGUGACGACAGCAAGUUAGUUUUCUUCGGAGCCUCAGACGGUAUCUACGUAUACGAUCAAAAACAUAAUAAAGCUAAAAAAUACGGUACAGUCGAUGAUAGUAUCAUAGCUAUUGCCAAAGAGAAAACUGGUGAUGUUAUGUACAUUUUAACUGAAGACUAUAUUGUAUACAAAGUUUCUGAAAGUGGAACGAAGAAAGAGAAGCUAGACAAUAUUGUGAACGCAAAACAAAUUGCUGUAGACUAUUCUGAUAAUCUUUUCUUCUUUUCCGACGAUAAGAUACCGUAUGUACGUACAAGUAAUGGUGUAAAAAAAAUACAGGGACUUCCUGAAAAUCCAUCAAGUGUGGACUUAGUAAGACCACCAUUCAUCAUGGACGAUGGUGUACUUUUAGUGCAAGAUACAAUCACGUACGCCCUAUACCCCAAUGGAACAAGUGAAAGCAUUGGAUUUGAAUUUAAACCCAAAGCCUUACCGACUGCUUACGCACCAGAAGCAGCACUGAUACAAUACUACGCAUACGAUAAGAAAAUUUAUGAAUUUAAUAUUAUGGAAUUAAUUCUUGGAUCCGUUUUGGAAGAGCUAAACAAUUACCUUAGCGACAAAGCUGACAAUAUUCGUACUCUAUCUAAAAAAAGAGUCAAUAACCAUCGCCAU